CAUGGCAGAAACCUCCUAAUUGCAGUGAUCUGCCAGUGCGAUGUAGGAUCGCAUCACUUGUGCGGCAGCAGUGUGUGCCAGGCUGCAACGCCACACAUUAUUUUCCUAACUGGCAUCAUGCUGCAGUAUCCUCUUGUUGCCGUCAAAACAGGCCUACAUAUCGGGUGCUGUAUGGAUGACGACACGACGUCUUGUGCGAACUACCGUGACUUUGACGAUGCAUUGUAUCAGCACAGUGUGCAGACUCCUAACGACCGUUGGAGUCUGCUUUCUCUACCGCUCUCCGGUCUUUACCGGUGGAUCGUAUCUCAGGAACUGGACGGUGUAUAACGACAUCGAUUCCGUUCUAGUAACGACUACGCCGGCAGAAUUAGAGGACACAUUCGAAUAUCAGCUACCAUUCGUCUGCUCCUUCGAUCAGCAGGAAGCUCUGCGCUUCUAUCCGUCCUAUUGUGGGAUCGUUCAGGACGAGUUCGAGGAUGACUGGAACUGGAUUCCCCGUUCUGGAGCACCACCAACAGCCCACACGGGUCCCCGCAACGACCACUCGCCUUCCGGGCAGGGAUACUAUUUACACUUUGAAAGCAGCCAACCGGCACAAGAAGGCCAAGUGGCCAUUUUCGCCACACCAUGGCUGUCGGCUUCGCACGAAAAUGUUUGCAUCAGUUUCUUCUUCAAUAUGGAAGGCGACGUCGGGAUGGGCUUUCUAGACGUUUUUUUGGACAUUACCGGUCAGGUGGAUCCGUUGACGGUAUUUCAGACGGAUGGCGCGCAUGGCAAACACUGGCUAGCGUUCUAUGAACAAAUACGAGUGCCAGUACAGCGCUCCUUUCGAAUUCGGUUUAUGGCGACAAGGGGCAAGAGCUUCCGCUCUGAUGUCGCAAUCGACGACAUCGUAGUGAAAGAAGUGCACGAUGACGAGUCGUGCGUACCGCUGGCACGUUAUCCCAAUAUCAUGGCCGAUUCUGUGCUGUUUUGUGAUUUGGAUUCCGGAAACUGCCCUUUGGAAGCUCUGGCCGAGGAAGCCGAUAGCACAAUGGAUGUUGAAAGGGCAUACGUGGAAACCUCGGAGGAAACUUCUCAGUAUUCAUGGCGUGUCGCCAUGGUGGACAAAUAUAAAUUUGGCACUGGACCCGAUUUAGGUGACCACACUAAAGGCAAACUUGGUCAGUUCUUGCUAGCAGCCAGCGAAGCCGGUCGUCCAGGUAGUUCAGCGCGGGUUAAAAUUCCCCUGGAAAUGGAGACAGUUGUCAACCGGAGCAAUGCAUCAAAAAGUGACCUCUGUGUGGAGUUCUAUUACAUGACCUUUGGGCGGCAUUUAGGAGAAUUGCGUAUUAAUAUAUUUAAGAACGAGAUAGAGCACGAGUUUAUAACAAUAAAACAUCCAACGAAUCGCGCAUGGUAUUCCCAUGGAAAGGUUCUGCUGAACGCACAUCGCAAGGCGAAUAUGUCGUUGGUAGUCGAAGCCAUUCGUGGGCAGUCGAAUCUGAGCGAUAUUGCCGUGGAUGAUAUCCACGUUUAUUACUGCACAGCGCAAGAUAAUCCCACAUACGACGUUGCACAUGCACAUGUGCUUGUUCCGUUAUGUCGGAAAGGAGCGGUAGCCUGUCCGGAGAAAGAUGGCUGCAUGCUUCCUGAAUAUUUGUGCGAUGGCAUCCCGCACUGUAUUAACGGUUCCGACGAGAAAUUUUGUGCUCAACAACUGUUGACAGAAUGUGGUGUCCCUUCGAUUCCUCCCAGCGAGCUGGUCAGCAAGAUCAUUUUUGGGCAGACGGUCAGACCCCAUUCAUGGCCAUGGCAGAUUGCACUCAUUGACAAUAGUCAAGAAACUCAGUUUUGCGGAGGCUCAAUAAUCCAUCCAUUUUGGAUUCUUACGGCUGCACAUUGUUUAGCCGAGUAUUCCACAAAGGAGCAUGGCCGGCUCAACAACAUGAUCGUUCGUGUUGGUGAGCACAAUCUACUGCAAAACCUGGAGGCCAGUCAGACUGAUUAUCAAGCAGCUGGAUUAUACAUGCAUCCGGAAUUCAACAAGCCUUUGCGUGCUAACGACUUUGGUCUGAUUAGACUGCGACAACCCAUUCUCUUUAGGAAGGAGGUCCAGGCCGUUUGUCUCCCGUGGUUCUCCUCCACGCCGUUGUCUUCUACGUGUGUCGUCACUGGCUGGGGUCAUUCGGCUCUAACCGUCUCCGAGCCGACGGAUGAACGCUUUCGCCGGCACCGGCGGAAUAAGCGUGGCGCACCUCGGAACAAGCGUGCGGCAACGCGUCUGAUUCCCAGCAAAUACCUCGCGGGACACCAUGGCCAUAGUGUUCAAAGAAAGGCUAUUCGAUCCUUUACGGCAUCUAAAGCGCAAGCUGACAGUCAACUGCGACGAUUUAUGACGGUCUUGACACAUCCUACGGAUUUACAGCAGCUCUACCUACCGAUACUACCAGACGAGGUGUGUCGGAAUGCUUCGCAGUAUGCAGGAGUGUUGUCGGAAUCGAUGCUGUGCGCUGGGUACAUGCAAAGCAUGACAGGCGACAGCUGUCACGGUGAUUCCGGUGGACCCCUCACUUGUAAGCGGCCGGAUGGUUCAUGGGAAGUGCACGGGGUAACGAGCUUCGGGAGUCUGCGGUGUGCCGAGGAAGGCCAUCCCGGUAUCUACUCCCGUGUUGUGCACGCAUUGGAUUGGAUCGUACAAGUGAUGGGUGACGACGCGAAGCAGCUUAAGAAGAAACGCAGUGACCACUCUAGCACUAUCGACCAGGCACCAGCUCCUGUUUUACAUUCGCCGGGGCACGGUUAGGUGCAAAGUCGUCAUAUUUUUUAUUGGCGAUCUUACACGAUUUGUCAGACUGCCAUUCUUUUACGUUUUUUUAUAUUUUAUCUACUUUUAUUAUCUUGGCUUUCGUUUAAUUGUUUCCGAAUUUUCUGCUUAAUGGUUAGGUGCGAUCACUAGUAGACUGUAGCAAAGGCGCAAUCUCGUUUUUGUAUGAAAUGCUUCUCGCAAAUAUGCACGAGUACUAGUACUAUCUGAUAUCGAACAACAUAGUUUCUGCGUUCGAUAAGCGCUGUUAAUUUGUAUGUUGCACGUUCCGGUUUUUUGGCAGUGUAGUUGUCAGAUGAAACAGGUUAUAUAUGGUAGCGUGAAU